UUUCUAUUUCCUGCAAUCACAUCACAAUUUCUGUUGCAUAGUCCCAGGAGCACGGAGUUGCACUGAAAAGCUUCUCCCUCCAUCUGCUGAAAUCUCUCGCUCUCUAAAAUGGAGCUUUUACAGUCGCGCAGGGCGGAGAUGAUAAGCAUAGCCGUGGCUCUCGCAGCCAUCGUCGGCGGUUCCGCCUACUAUUACUACCUCACCAGGAAACCUAAAGGUUUCUUGGACCCUGAGAACUUUAAGGAAUUUAUACUUGUUAAACGGACCCAGCUCAGCCAUAAUGUGGCUAAGUUCAGAUUUGCUCUUCCUACGCCAACCUCAGUGUUGGGUCUUCCAAUUGGACAGCAUAUGAGUUGCAGAGGAAAAGAUGCUCUUGGAGAAGAAGUUAUUAAACCAUAUACUCCAACAACUUUGGAUUCUGAUGUUGGAUACUUUGAAUUAGUUAUAAAGAUGUAUCCACAAGGAAGGAUGUCUCACCAUUUUCGAGAAAUGCGUGAAGGUGAUUACUUGGCUGUGAAGGGACCCAAGGGACGCUUCAAGUAUCAGCCCAACCAAGUUAGAGCUUUUGGGAUGCUUGCUGGUGGAACUGGCAUUACUCCAAUGUUCCAGGUUGCAAGAGCCAUACUAGAAAACCCAAUUGACAAAACCAACAUACAUCUUAUUUAUGCCAAUGUCACAUAUGAGGACAUUCUUUUGCAGGAAGAGCUGGAUAACCUUGCCAGUAACUUUCCCAACCGCUUCAGUGUCUACUAUGUUCUGAAUCAGCCACCUGAAGGAUGGGAAGGUGGUGUUGGUUUCGUAUCUAAGGAAAUGAUUCAAACACGCUGCCCUGCACCCGCACCUGAUAUUAAGAUAUUGAGGUGUGGGCCACCACCCAUGAACAAGGCUAUGGCUGCUCACCUUGAUGAUCUUGGAUACGCUAAGGAAAUGCAGUUCAAGUUUUAAGCCUC